AACAUGUAUAACUAAUGAUACAGCGCCAUAGAUUAAUUAGGAGAAGCAAAUGGAGGCAAAUUUUCUGAUCCGCCCGGUCUACAGAUGUCGCUAUUGCGAAUUCUUAACUUUUCAACUGUCAUUCCUAUUCUUGCCAAUGCAGUAGUGAUACAGGGGUAGCGAUUGGUGACUAGCCCAGCGAUUCUACAAGACGAUAGAACGUCUUUCGAAGCCUUCCCCAGGGAGUGUUUUUAUUGGUGACUGAGUCAGACGUUGUGCGCAGGCGCGGAAAGAGUUAACCGUGAGCGUUCGAAAGCGACUUCGCCGCUGGCAUCCGAGAAGCGCCUUGAGAGGAAUGGCGGAUUUUGGAUAUUCCUGCUUUUCUUCUUCUUGGUUUGUCCUUCAAAAAUGAGAUCAAGCAAAGUGGAAGAAAAAGUAAAAGGCUAAAGCAUCAGUGAUGUUCCUUUGAAGCUCUUUUAACAAGAAAUAAAGCAAUCCACAAAUGUUUUCUUUGUAAGAGCAGACUAGAAGUGAGUAUAUUGCUUUGCCUAGUGGCAGUUACAAGAGAUGCAACAUAUUCAAACCAACAGCCAGGGUGUUUUUUAUUUUGUUUUAUUUUGUAUAAAUAUUUUAUUAAUUUUCCAGUUUUACAUUCAAAUACUUAAUAGACAAUAUGUUAUCUGUAAUUCAGUGGUAUAUAUUCUUCAAUCUAGAUUCAAUAUUACACCAUCAAAUGUUUCCUCUCUUCUUCCGGUAGUACCUGUUUUCCCACACUAGGCAAAUACAAUACUUAUUGUUAUUAAUAAAUAUACAAUUGAAUAUCAAUAUCUUCGUUACAUUUUUACCCAAAUUUCAGAAAUCAGGAUAAGGCCAUAUUGAUUGUUUGUUUUACUAUUGAAUUAACUUGAAAUGUGCUUUGGUUUUAUUUUUUAUAUGGAGAUAUUUAUGAGAAAUACAAACUCUUGGAUUAUUGAUGGAUUGAUUCAGAUUGGUCUCCCAAAUGUUCUCUUCCAUAUAAUCCCAGAUUCAGACCACUUACUAUGACUUUCUGCAAAUAAGUCUAGUUCAAGGUCAUUGCUGAGAAAUUACCAGGAUGAAUAUGAUUAUAGCAAGGAAAGUAAAGAGAUUACCAUACUUAAUGAAUAAUUAUAAAUGGAAACUUUAAGAGUGUUUUCUUCAUUUGCUCCUUCCUUUGAAUGAACUGCUGAGGUGAAUAAGUAAAAAAGGACUGUUCAAAAUCGUUCAUUGUAUGAGAGAGAAAGGAUUAAUAAGCCAAAGCUGCUCUUAAGGUUCUACGCUCUGGCUCCAUUAAAAAUAUAGCUGCUGUUCAAAAUUACUUAUGAACAAGCGCCAUGCAGGAUCCACUAUCUGGCAAGUCUAUUAAACAAAUACAGAAGUUAAAUGUCCUAUUACUCAUUUUCUUUCUGUGCAGAAUAGGACUGAAUAAUUUGCAAUCCAUGGUUACUCAUUGCCCUUAUGCCCCCAGAAUUUCUCAUGGUUGUGCUGUGCUGCUGAAAUUUGGCAAAAUCUUUCCAUGGUGAUAUGAAGUAAAAGAAGCAUCACCUCUAGUACAGUACUUUUAUCCAUUUAAUGCUUCCUCCAAUGGGUACAAAAGGGGAAAUUGGGCUGAAUAUUCUGGUGUUUUCCAUCAUCCAAUGAAUAUUCAUAUUAGCACCAUUCCUAAUGCAAAUUUUUUAAAAUGCAGUCUUGGACUGCAAAAGUUUUGCUUGACCUGAUAUAGGUGAAAUUUAAUGUGUAUAUUUUGGUAAUACAUAUUUAAAUAGGAUAAACCAAAAGAAUUUUUAGGUGUGAUGUACAAGACAUAAAUAUUUAAACAUGAGGUAAUCAGGAGAAAUUAAUAUGGCAAAAUUCAUUCAUUUUCAUGUAUAUUUGAAUUGGAGACAGGUCUGGAAAUAGUACUUUGUAGUAUUUCUGCUUUUUCAAAUUCAGAUAUAUAAACUCUGCACCUUUUGAAAAUGGAGCAACCUUCAGUCAGUUUGUGGGUGAAGAUGGAGCCUUUCAUAGUGGGAGCAUUGCAAAUCCCUUCUCCUUCCAAGUUUAGCAUGCAUUACCUUCGGAAAAUGUCAACCUAUGUCAGAAUGCGCUCUGGUAAAGGCUAUUAUCCAUACCUUACCUGGUCUAUGUGGCGACACAUUGCUUGUGGAAAACUACAGUUAGAGAAAGACCUGGCAUGGCUUUACUUUGAGUUGUUUGACAGUCUUGUUGAGCAGACUUCGGAGGAGCGACUGGAAUGGGCAGAAAUGAUAUCUAGCUGCACAACUGAGGAAGAGACAGAGAAGCAAAGGAAUCGGUUAACUGUGGAUACUCUUCAGUUCCUGCUGUUCCUUUAUAUUCAGCAAUUAAACAAGUUUUCUUUGAGGACAUCCCUUCUUGGAGAGGAGUGGCCAAACCCUAAGUCUAAGUCUCACAGUGGGCUAAAAGAAUCUGCCAAUCAGAUUAAGAAUUGGAAUGACAGCUACCACCAUGACUUUAUCGAAAACCACCUCCAGGAUCUUCUGGAAUUGUUACUGGACCCAGAUCAGCUCAGUGCCUCCUCUCAUUCUACGCACAGUAGCCUGCUAUCACCCAAAGCUGUUCAAGCUCUUAGUUUCCUUAUCGAAGGAAGUGUGGAUCAAAAUAGGACUAUUCACCCUCUUCAUGAACUUGCACUUUGGCAGCCAUUGCAUGCCAAGAGUGGCUUCUCAAAACUUUCUAAAGCCUUCUCCUGUGCCAAAUUUGAGUCAUGGAUGAGGGCUUGUCUGACUGGGAACCCAUUUGGGGCAAUAGCCUGCCUCGCAUCUGGAAGAAAGCUUGCAUGGGCACAACAAGUUGAAGGAACAAGUAAACGAGCUAAAAUAGCCUGUAAUGCUCACAUAGUCCCUUCAGUUCAUCGUUUGAUUAUGAUGAGCCAGGUUUACAAGCAAACAUUAGCAAAGAGCUCUAUUACCCUAGAAGAUACUCAUGUGAAGAUUCAUCGGUGCUGUGAAUCUUUUAUCUAUUUACUAUCUCCACUGAGGUCUGUAACCAUAGAAAAAUGCAGGAAUAGCACCUUUGUCUUAGGUCCAGUGCAAACUGUAGUACAUCUCCAUAGUUGUGACAAUGUCAGACUUGUUGCUGUUUGCCAUCAUCUGUCUCUGUCAUCUACGACUGGUUGCACCUUGCAUGUUCUCACUCCAACUAGACCUCUUAUAUUAUUGGGUAACCAAGCAAUAACUUUUGCUCCUUUCCAUACCCAUUAUCCAAUGCUUGAGGAUCACAUGGGCAGAACUGGCCUAGCUACUGUGCCUAACAACUGGGAUAAUCCAAUGAUAGUAUGUAAAGAAAACUGUGAUAAAGAGGUAUUCAGACUUCUCCCACCCUCGGAAUUUUACCCCUUUGUUGUUCCAUUUGAAAUGGAGGGAGACACAACUGAAAUACCUGGUGGUCUGCCACCUGCAUAUCAGAAUGCACUGAGCCAACGAGAACAGAGGAUACGAAUCUGGCAGAAAACAGUGAAGGAAGCAGGGCUGACCAAGAAUCAGAAGAAGACAUUCCAGAUGUUAGUGGAGAACAAAUUCUAUGAAUGGCUAGUCCACACAGGGAGCCGUCAACAGCUUGAUAGCUUGGUACUUCCUGCUGCAGGAUCUAAACAGGCAGCAGGAUAGGAGAACUCUCAAAGCAAACAAAUCAUCAGUUCUGGAGAUGCACUGUGCCAAGUGAAAAGUAUUUCCCUCAAAAUAGAUUGGGGCCAACUUGAAGUUUAGAAACAUAAAUUUACUUAAUGGCAUUAUCAAGAAGGAAACGGACUUUACUGCAUAUUUCAAGCUAUAUGAUAUCAUCAGUUGCUCUGGAUUUUUAUAGGAGGAUCUUGCUAUUAACACUUCAUUGUAUAUUUGAGAACAAAAUGUAGAUUCCUAGCAUACUUACAGUAAAUGUGCAGGAAAAGGUGUUACUUUCUUGAUGUAAAGAUAGUGGUAGUGGUCUGACUGCUGGGAGAAUGAUUUUUCUGUUGUUAAUUAAAUAUUACUUAUAUUAAUGUUUCUAGACAGAAUUUAUAUUAGUUGUUUAGCACUUAUAGUAUGAAAUUUAAUUAAAUUGACACAAUGAUA